AUCGUAGUUAUACCUUGAAAUUCACUUCCGGUGAGAAGCAGAACAAACGGCGAACAAACUUUCGAAGAUUUCUUGUGAUAUUUUGGGCUAUGGCAACAUCUCAUCAAAAUGAAGAAAAGGAGGAGCAUCUGUUUCUAGCUGGGAUUAUCAAGAGCACUCAUGCAAAACUGAGAGGACAACUCAAACAAAAUACAGAAAACUACAGCAAGAUUUGGAGUGACCACUGUAACGACAAAAAUACAUUGAAAAAGUAUGCUGAAGCAAUGCAUCUACUUGCUACAAAACAUUGGACAAAAUCACCUCAGACCAGAAUAGAUUGGUGUAGGGAUAUCUGUAAGAAUUAUUUCUUUGGUGAAGGAUUACAAAGUGCUAGGGAUAAAGAUGCAAGACGUAAGCAAUUCCGGAUCAAUGAAGGAUGCACAAAAGACUAUGAAUGCAUGAACUCUAACCCUGUUUUGAGCAUAAAACUGCCAUUUGAGGGUAAAAUCCAGCUAUUUGAUGUAGGAAGCUGUUAUAACCCAUUCCUGACAUUCCCAGAGUUUUCUUCUCUAGCAGUUGAUAUAAGCCCAGCAACAGAAACCGUCCUGUCGUGUGACUUCUUAAAUCUUCAACUAACCGAGUGGACAUAUGAGUGCAAUCCUGCUGAUGGAUUAUCAAUGACUAGUUUCAAAUCGCCACUUACGGAAGUACCAAGAGGAGCUUUCCAUGUUGUUGUAUUCUCUUUACUGUUGGAAUACUUACCAUCAACUGUACAAAGAUGGCAUUGUUGUCAAAAAGCAUGUGACCUUUUAGUAGAUGACAGCUUGCUUUUGAUUAUAACACCAGACUCAAGCCACCAGAACAAACGUCAAAAUAUGAUGAAAAGUUGGAGAGUUGCUAUAGAAUCAUUAGGCUUUACCAGAUAUUGUUAUGAAAAACAGGAGCAUCUACAUUGUAUUGCAUUCCGUAAGACUAAAAAUUUAGAUCCUAUGUGUUUGGAAAAGUGUCACCAAUCGGAGGGAGUUUCACAUAGAAUGAUGUAUAUUCCACAAGACUCUGCUUCAAAGGAUUCCAAACUAGAUAACAGUGACACUAAGGUGUAGCAAAUCUCACCCAGCAGCCAUGCCUGCCAUUUUUACAAAGUCCUCCAUUGCUUUUUCAGUUAUAGCAAAAAUCGUAAAAUAGCACACAUAAAAAUG